GUUGCCGUUGCGUGGAGGGUGGGCCCUGACGGGUGGGCUGGCCGCGCGCACGCGCACGGAGCACGGGCCACGCCAGCGCAGAGCGCGAUGCGGUGACACCGCUGAAGAAUCAUGGCAGCGGCUGACGAACUGGCCUUCCAUGAGUUUGAGGAAGCCACAAACCUCCUGGCAGAGACCCCAGAUGCAGCCACUACAAGCCAGAGGGAUGCGCUGACCUCCCGGGAACACGUGGCUGUGCUUGUGGGAUCAGACAUUGGUUAUGGAGCCGACGAGGUGGAGGAAGAGGGUGACAGUGACAAGACAUCGCUUCUACGGGAAGAAAAGCCACAGCCAGGGUUCUGGACGUUUGACUAUUAUCAGGGCUUCUUUGAUGUGGACACCUCCCAGGUCUUGGACCGGAUCAAAGGCUCGCUGCUGCCUCACCCUAGCCACAACUUUGUGCGGUACCAUCUUAGAAAUCGGCCUGACCUAUAUGGUCCCUUCUGGAUCUGUGCCACUUUGGCCUUUGUCCUGGCGGUUACUGGCAACCUCACUUUGGUGCUUGCACAGAGGCGGGACCCCUCCAUCCACUACAGCCCCCAGUUCCACAAGGUGACAGUAGCAGGCAUCACCAUCUACUGCUACGCGUGGCUAGUGCCGCUGGCACUGUGGGGCUUCCUCCGGUGGCGCCAGGGCACAAGGGAGCGCAUGGGGCUGUACACCUUCCUGGAGACUGUUUGUGUCUAUGGCUACUCACUCUUUGUCUUCAUCCCCACCGUGGUCCUGUGGCUUAUCCCAGUGGAGUGGCUGCAGUGGCUCUUUGGAGCAUUGGCCCUGGCUCUGUCAGCUGCUGGGCUGGUGUUCACCCUGUGGCCUGUCGUCCGCGAGGAUACGAGGCUGGUGGCUGCAGCACUGCUGUCCGUGGUGGUACUGCUUCACGCCCUCUUGGCUCUAGGUUGUAAGCUGUACUUCUUCCAGCCACUGCCUCUGGAACAUGUGACACCAGCACCCCAAGCCACACCUCUGUCUUCCAGUGUCCUGCUGCCCACCUCAGCCCGGUCCAUGACAACCUUCUAGGAAGGCCAGGUCUACAGGCCAAACUCAAGGGGCUAUUACCUGUCCUGCCCUCCCUGUGAAGAUUGGAGGAUUCUUGGACCCUGGAGACAACCCUGCUACUUUGCAGGCUUUUCUUACAAAGCAAACACUUUUAUUUUCUAUGCAAAGGUGAUCCAGAGAAUUUAUAUAAAGGUGGGGAGGGGCAGCCGAGCAGGGAGUAUUACUGAUGGACAGAAGCGCCCGGUUUCCCAGACUGCCUGUGGGCCCUCUGUUUCCCUGACAGGUCAGGGGGUGGCACAGGGCAGGUCCAGCCGUUGCCAGGAGUACCUGUGGUGGGCAUGGGCCCAGCCUGGGCUCUGGCCACUGAGGUGGGGACUCUAGGGCAAGGGGACAGGGGGGAAACUGCCCUUCCUUACUUGUUUGCUUUUCUUCUUUUUCUGUCUGGAGGGAGAGGCCCUACUAGGCCCCUUCCCAGGGAAGCUGUCUUGAGAGGAAGAGGUGGAGCAUGGAUGUGGAGUGCAGCGCACAGGCCUAUGUUAGCUAUCAGGAGAGGAUGCCCUCCUUCCUUCUGUGACAGAUCCUUGAGGUUUUCGUCUGCCCCAGUGGUCUUGGGUGACUUUCCCUCUGGGCUGCCUGUUUCAGCUUUUGGUGGAGGGGACCUUCGGGACUCAGGACAGUAGCAGGAAGCAGGGGCUAGAGGCCUUUGGACAGCUGGGUGUUUGUACAUUCAAGUGUGAGGUGAACCCUUUGGUGAGAGGGGGUUACGCCCGCCCUGAAGGCUCGACAGGGCCACCCCUCACCUAGAGCCUCUGGGCCUAGGGACAGGGGCUGCUGGCUGGGCCCGGCCAGCCGGGUUUCUCAGAGGGUCUGUGGGUUGACACUGGUUCUUUUCGUAAAAAAAUAAAAUUAAAAAAAGCAGCA